CAUUCCUCCCUUGUUCCGGGGCCUCCUUUCUGGUUCGCUUCUAAAAUGGGAAGGAAACGGCAACAGCACGAAGACGGCGACCCAGAAACCCUAGGAACCGCUGAGGGGAAGGAGAUGGAGUCUGCGAAGGCGAAGAAGAAGGAGAAGGGACAGAGGAAGGCCGAGAACGGCGGAGGAUUGGAGAUGGACGGAGAAGUAGGUCGCCUUCCGGACGCUGAACCGCAAUCGAUUGGGACGUUUCAAGAGAAUGGCCAUGGGUCCAAGAAGAAGAGGAAGAAACGGGAUAAAUCUUUGAAGGAGAACUGUUUGCACGGAGUGGAGGAAGCCGGUGAGGGAUGUUCUGAUAGGGAGGGGGAAGCUGUGCGGGUUUCCGAAAACGGUGGCUCAGGGAAGGUUCGACCUGGGAAGAAAAAGCAGAAGAAGUUGGCGAAAGAAGGGGCUACGGUGGAGUUUGAAUCGAAUGGAGUGGUGAAGGCCGAGGAAACGGAUAAGUGGAAUGAAGGCGAUUAUGCGGACGUGAGGAGGAUGAAGAAGAAGAAAGGGAAAGAAGAGAAUGGAACAGUGGAGUCGGCAUUAGUUGGAAAACCAGAUGAGAAUUUGACGAAGCUGGAGAAAAAAUGCAAUGGAGUGGUAAAAGCGCAAAACAAUUAUGAGAGUGGAACUAAGGGCAACGGCGUUGAAAAAACUGGAGUGGAGAAGGGAGAUGAGCGGGACUUUAAGGAGAAGGUAGUGACUGUUUCUGGGAACGACGUCGAAUUGCCGAAGUAUACGGCGUUUAAGUCAUUUGUGGACUCGGGAUUGCCUCGCGAGGUUCUUCAUUGUUGCAUGACAUUCAGCAAGCCUUCGCCCAUCCAGUCAAGGGCGUGGCCUUUUCUCUUGGACGGCCGGGAUUUCAUUGGAAUCGCAGCAACUGGUUCAGGUAAAACCUUAGCAUUUGGUGUUCCAGCUUUGAUGCAUAUUCUGCAGAAGGUCAACAGCAAGCAAGGCCGGAAAAGGUUGCCUCUUUGUCUUGUCCUUUCACCUACAAGGGAGCUUGCUCAACAAAUUGCUGAUGUCCUAUCAGAUUCUGGAAGACCAUGUGGCUUGAAGACAGUUUGUUUGUAUGGCGGAACUUCUAAAGAAAAGCAAAUAUCUUCCUUGAAGUCUGGCAUUGAUAUUGUUGUUGGGACUCCAGGAAGAUUAAAAGAUUUGAUUGAAAUGGGCAUUUGCUGCCUCAAGGAGGUCUCUUUUGUAAGGCCUUUGGUUUUCGUGCAUUGCUUUGGUGAAAACAUUGGCCACACAGUAACUAUGGUGCCAAUUUUUUGUAUGGUUCUAGAUGAAGCAGAUCGAAUGCUUGAUAUGGGAUUCGAACCUGAAGUGCGUGCUAUUGUGAGCCAGACAAAUUCCAAACGGCAGACCGUUAUGUUUAGUGCCACAUGGCCUCUUGCUGUUCACCAGUUAGCCCAAGAAUUUAUGGACCCAAACCCCGUGAAGGUUGUUGUGGGUUCUGAGGAUUUGGCUGCAAACCAUGAUGUGAUGCAAAUAGUGGAGGUUUUGGACGAUCGAUCACGUGAUGCACGUUUAGUUGCCUUGCUUGAAAAGUAUCACCAGUCCCAGAGGAACAGGGUUUUGGUAUUUGUGCUGUACAAGAAGGAAGCUUCUCGAGUUGAAAUCAUGCUUCAGAAAAGGGGUUGGAAAGUAGUCUCUGUGCACGGUGACAAAGCUCAGGCUCAACGAACAAACGCACUCUCUCUCUUCAAGGAGGGAAAAUGCCCUCUAAUGAUUGCUACUGAUGUGGCUUCUAGAGGGUUAGAUAUUCCAAAUGUUGAGGUUGUAAUAAACUACAGCUUUCCUCUUACCACGGAGGACUAUGUCCACAGGAUAGGUAGGACAGGGCGAGCUGGAAAGAAGGGUGUUGCGCACACUUUCUUUACGCAGGAAAAUAAGGGGCUUGCUGGUGAGCUUGUCAAUGUACUAAGAGAAGCUGGGCAAGUUAUACCACAAGCGCUGCUGAAGUUUGGCACACACGUCAAAAAAAAGGAAUCGAAGUUAUAUGGUGCACACUUCAAGGAGGUUGCGGCUGAUGCCCCCAAAGCUACUAAAAUCACAUUCAAUGAUUCCGAUGAGGACUCAUGAGCCGCGAUAGCUUCUCGAUAGGUCGAGUUUAGAUGAUAUCACGGGGAAAUGCAAUUGUACUGUCGGCUUCCCGAUUUGGUCUCCUUGGCUUGAACAGUUUUCAUAUCUGCCUCGGACUGCCUGCCUAAGUCUAUGUAAAAUGAGUCAUUGAUUGCGUUUGAUUAUUUGUGCGGAAGCAGGAACAGUGUCUCUUACCAAGAAGGGUCUUCUCCGUAGCAUGGUCACUUGCUGUUAAGAGGGCAAGGGAGAAAUUUUGUAGUGGUUUAAUUUGGUCAAGUUAUACGAGUCCUGAAUUCAUAAUAUUCAUUAAACAAAGUUUGAGUGCAUCAAUGCCAUUUCUGAGUA